GUUUAUCAUUCGUUGUCACUACGCCGAAGACACGUUCGACAUUUAAAAAUCAUCAGUAAACUAAGCUACGUAAGUCUUUGUCGUAAAACAGCUAAUUUGUAAUAUUUUCAAGUUGUCGAGUGCCUACGAGUGGGGCCUCUCAUUACAACGCGGUUGACUUUGCGUUCGUUGGCCCCGUCGAUUAUGUCGUCGGCAUCGCGAUCGAUAAUCGUUCGUACGGUUUGUAGGGUCCUCGCAUAGAUAUUCUGAUGGCCGUACCGAAGGCGGCUCGACGUGCACAAAAAUCACCGGCUCAGUACUCCAAGACGACGAUCGACAGUGGCUCGAUCCUGCCCGCCGUCGUUCUGUCUACCGUCACUUGGUAUUUGUUACAGUACGUAGUGCAACCGUUGUUCGGUCCCGACGAGUAUUAUAUUGACGAAGAAUUUCACGUGCCUCAAGCACGACACUAUUGCCGAGCAGAGUUUCACAAAUGGGAUCCAAAAAUAACUACACUACCUGGACUUUAUUUGUUGUCAAGUAUCGUGUUAGUACCUUUUAUGAAGGUGUAUGACACAAUACUCUCACUAUUUGGUAUAUUGGAUAAUGAUGUCCUUCGAAUCAAUGAUCCAUGUUCUUUGGUUGCAUUGCGGGCUGUAAAUGCAAUUGGAGCUCCAGCAUGCUUAUAUUAUGCAUACUACUGUUGUCAAAAACAUUUUUUUCAAAAUGAUAAUAAGAAAACAAAGACUGAAAAAUGGACUUGUAUGUUCUUGGCACUGAAUGUAGCAACAUUCCCGGUUAUCUAUGCCCCAUAUUCGAUGCUUUAUUAUACAGAUGCAUGGGCUACAGCAUCUGUCUUCUUAUGGUACUCCAGUCAUUUGAACAAUGAGACUCAUUUCUUGGUCAAAAUUAUAUUUGGUGGAUUUUCUGUCCUGUGUCGUCAAACAAACGUUGCAUGGUUAGUGUUUGUAUCCAUUAUAGAUGUGUGUCACUGUGCUGAGCAAUGUUUUCCUCGCAUAAAAAAUAAUGUUUCAAUAUUUUCUUAUAUCAAAGCUUCUAUCAUUGAACUCUACUAUUGCUGUUCAAUUACAAAAAAUAAGUCUAAGAAAUUAAUAGAAUUUUUUCAUAAAUGUUUACGUGUCACUUGCCCAAGUGUUAUAGUUAUUGUAUCUUUUGUUUUAUUUGUGAUUUUUUUGAACAACGGUGACAUUGUUGUUGGUGAUCGAUAUGCACAUAUUCCUCGUUUUCAUCCAAUGCAAUUGUGCUACUUUGUAAUAUUUGUAUUAGCGUUUUCAUUACCAUGGUUGCUAUCUCAGGCCUAUUAUAAAAGACAUAUUUCUAAUUCUAUUAACAAACAUUUUAACUUAGCUAAAUCUUUAAGUGAAAUUUACAAUAAUACAUCCAAAGUACUUGUUGUAAUCCUAUUAAUAAUAAUAUCUGGAUUAGUAUAUUUUAACACUAUAGCCCACCCAUACUUGUUGGCAGACAACAGGCAUUAUACAUUUUAUGUUUGGCGGCUAUUGUUCAGUCCUGGUAAACCAGUCUUUUUGAGAUAUCUACCAGUACCAUUUUAUGCAUUUGGUCUAUGGUUAAUGGAUAGAACAUUGAUGCAAUCGUCAAUUGCUUAUAGAUUGGCAUAUUGGAUAGUAACACCCCUUAUUCUUUGUGCUCAAUUUUUAUUGGAGCCUCGUUAUUUUGUCGUGCCAUAUCUUAUGUAUAGGUUACAUAGCAAUACACAUUUUAUAAACAAUCAUGCUUUUAAGGCAGCAUUCAUUGAAUUUAUAGCAUACCAAGUUUUUAAUUUUUUUAUUAUGAGGGUAUUUUUGUAUAGUCCUUUUAUUUCAACCAUGGAUAACACGGGUCGAUUGGAUCGCUUUACAUGGUGAUGUUUAUUGUUAAUUAUUACUAAAUGUUAAUCCAAACAUAUAUUUAAUUAAAAAUUCUACAUUAUUUA